AUGGAAAGAGUUGAGGAUGUUUGGUUCAACGCGCUGGAGGAACUGGAAGAUGUUGACUUACUCUUGGACACUACGCCCUUUACAUACUAUGUCGUUACACAGUGGAUUGAGGGAGACCGCCGUAUCUGGAACCACUUCACCAAAGAGGGACCUCGCACCACCAACCAUCUAGAAGCCUGGCAUGCUGAAGAAGAAGAAGUGGUCCGCGUUCAGAAGUGGUCCGCGUUCAGAAGAGGUCCGAGAACAGAAAAGGUCCGAGAACAGAAGUGGUCCGCGUUCAGAAGAGGUCCGCGUACAGAAGUGGUCCGAGAAAAGAAGAGGUCCGAGAACAGAAGAGGUCCGAGAACAGAAAAGGUCUGUGAACAGAAGAGGUCCGCGAACAGAAGAGCGGUCCGAAAACAGAAGAGGUCCGAGAACAGAAGAGGUCCGAGAACAGAAGUGGUCCGAGAACAGAAGAGGUCCGCGAACAGAAGAGCGGUCCGAAAACAGAAGAGGUCCGAGAACAGAAGAGGUCCGCGAACAGAAGAGCGGUCCGAAAACAGAAGAGGUCCGAGAACAGAAGAGGUCCGCGAACAGAAGAGCGGUCCGAAAACAGAAGAGCGGUCCGAAAACAGAAGAGGUCCGAGAACAGAAGAGGUCCGAGAACAGAAGUGGUCCGAGAACAGAAGAGCGGUCCGAGAACAAAGGCGGUACGAGAACAGAAGAGGUCCGAGAACAGAAGAGGUCCGAGAGCGGAAGAGGUCCGAGAACAGAAGAGGUCCGAGAACGGAAGAGCGGUCCGCGAACAGAAGAGCGGUCCGAAAACAGAAGAGGUCCGAGAACAGAAGAGGUCCGAGAGCGGAAGAGGACCGAGAACAGAAGAGGUCCGCGAACAGAAGAGCGGUCCGAAAACAGAAGAGCGGUCCGAAAACAGAAGAGGUCCGAGAACAGAAGAGCGGUCCGAAAACAGAAGAGGUCCGAGAACAGAAGUGGUCCGAGAACAGAAGCGCGGUCCGAGAACAAAGGCGGUACGAGAACAGAAGAGGUCCGAGAACAGAAGAGGUCCGAGAGCGGAAGAGGUCCGAGAACAGAAGAGGUCCGAGAACAGAAGAGCGGUCCGCGAACAGAAGAGCGGUCCGCGAACAGAAGAGCGGUCCGAAAACAGAAGAGGUCCGAGAACAGAAGAGGUCCGAGAGCGGAAGAGGUCCGAGAACAGAAGAGGUCCGCGAACAGAAGAGCGGUCCGAAAACAGAAGAGCGGUCCGAAAACAGAAGAGGUCCGAAAACAGAAGAGGUCCGAGAACAGAAGAGGUCCGAGAACAGAAGUGGUCCGAGAACAGAAGAAGGUCGGAGAACAGAAGAGGUCCGAGAGCGGAAGAGGUCCGAGAACAGAAGAGGUCCGAGAACAAAAGAGGUCUGCGAACAGAAGAGCGGUCCGAGAACAAAGGCGGUACGAGAACAGAAGAGGUCCGAGAACAGAAGAGGUCCGAGAACAGAAGAGGUCCAAGAACAGAGGCGGUACGAGAACAGAAGAGGUCCGAGAACAGAAGAGGUCCGAGAACAGAAGAGGUCCGAGAACAGAAGAGGUCCGAGAACAGAAGAGGUCCGAGAACAGAAGAGCGGUCCGAGAACAAAGGCGGUACAAGAACAGAAGAGGUCGGAGAACAGAAGAGGUCCGAGAACAGAAGAGCGGUCCGAGAACAAAGGUGGUACGAGAACAGAAGAGGUCCGAGAACAGAAGAGGUCCGAGAGCGGAAGAGGUCCGAGAACAGAAGAGGUCCGAAAACAGAAGAGGUCCGAAAACAGAGGCGAGGCGGUACGAGAACAGAAGCGGUCCAAGAACGGAGGUGGCACGAGAACAGAGGCGGAACGAGAACAGGAAAGGUCCGAGAAUAGAGGCGGUACGAGAACAGAAGAGGUCCGAAAACAGAUGAGGUCCGAGAACACAGGCGGUAGGAGAACAGAAGAGGUCCAAGAACAGAAGCGGUCCAAGAACAGAGGCGGCACGAGAACAAAGGCGGAACGAGAACAGGAAAGGUCCGAGAACAGAGGCGGUACGAGAACAGAAGAGGUCCGAAAACGGAAGUGGUCCGCGUUCAGAAGUGGUCCGAGAACAGAAGAGGUCCGAGAACAGAAGAGGUCCGCGAACAGAAGAGCGGCCCGAGAGAAGAAGAGGUCCGAGAACAGAAGAGGUCCGAGAGGUCCGAGAACAGAAGAGGUCCGAGAACAGAAGAGCGUCCGAAAACAGAAGAGGUCCGAGAACAGAAGAGGUCCGCGAACAGAAGAGCGGUCCGAAAACAGAAGAGCGGUCCGAAAACAGAAGAGGUCCGAAAACAGAAAAGGUCCGAGAACAGAAGAGCGGUCCGAGAACAGAAGAGGUCCGAAAACAGAAGAGGUCCGAGAACAGAAGAGGUCCGAGAGCGGAAGAGGUCCGAGAACAGAAGAGCGGUCCGAAAACAGAAGAGGUCCGAGAACAGAAGAGGUCCGCGAACAGAAGAGCGGUCCGAAAACAGAAGAGCGGUCCGAAAACAGAAGAGGUCCGAAAACAGAAGAGGUCCGAGAACAGAAGAGGUCCGAGAACAGAAGUGGUCCGAGAACAGAAGAGGUCCGAGAACAGAAGAGGUCCGAGAGCGGAAGAGGUCCGAGAACAGAAGAGGUCCGAGAACAGAAGAGCGGUCCCCAACAGAAGAGCGGUCCGAAAACAGAAGAGGUCCGAGAACAGAAGAGGUCCGCGAACAGAAGAGCGGUCCGAAAACAGAAGAGCGGUCCGAAAACAGAAGAGCGGUCCGAAAACAGAAGAGGUCCGAAAACAGAAGAGAUCCGAGAACAGAAAAGAUCUGAGAGCAGAUGA